AUGAUUAAUUCAACAACUUCUAGAGUACGUAAUGACAAUGAAGAUUAAAAUCAUCGUCUAAAAGUUCUUGAAAUUAAUGCACAUUAAUUCUAUACUUAAUUAAAAGUAACUCAUUUUAUCAAUCCUUUAAGCCAUUAUUUUCAGAAAAUACUUAAUUGAAACAAAAUCUUAUAGAGCUUAAUGUGUACAUAGAGGAAAGAAAAAUGCAACUGUGCAAGUAUUUAUCAGAUGUUGGACCUAAUGGAGAAGAUUUUAUUCUUCUCAAAGCAGUUGGGGAUUUACAACAGAUUUGUGAUUUAAUUGGAGGUACAAAUAAUAAAUUAUUUAGAUGAAAUAUCAAGACUCAAAACAUAAAUAGUCUAUUAAAUUGAAGUUUAAUAAGUUAGCGAAAAGAGUCUUAAGGAAGUUAGAUAAGAUUUACAAAGGGAAACAGAACGGUUCCUCAAUGAAAAAUAACUCCUUAUUGAUUAAAAUACAAUAUCUCAAUAAACGCAUAAACAAAUAAUUGAGAACCUUAAAUCUCAAAAUGAUAUACUUGUAAAUUUGCAUCAAUUAUGAAGUUAAUGAAAAAUGAAGAUCUUUAAUCAGCAUUAGUAAGAUAAUCUGAACUAGAAAACAAAUUAAGAAUCAAUUAUAGAUUUAAAUUGGAAGAGGAGAUAAAAUCAUUGACAAAUUAAUUGAAUCAUCUUAAAAUUACUAAAUAAGAAGAGGCAGAUAAGUAUGAUUUAGAAAGGAGAAUAUAUUUGAAAUAAUUAGAAUAAUUUAGUGGAAAAUUAAAAUAAGUUAAAUAAGAUGUCAUUGAUGAAUAUGAAUAUAAAAUGGCUACUUAAAAAGUCAAAUUUGAAAAUUAACUCAAAAUAACAAAAUAAGAAAUUUCAGAUUUGAAAUAUUCUAAUUCAUAGCUAUUUGAAAAAUAAAAAUUAUGGCUUUUAUAAUAAGAAGUACUGAUUGAUCAAAAGUAUAAAUUAGAACUUUAAAAUAAAGAUUUAAAAAGUUUAAUUGCUAAACUUGAAGAAAAAUUGAUUAUUUAAGAAGAAUUAAGCAUUUAAGCAUAAAAUGAGAUAAAUUAAUAAAAGUAUAUUACUAUUUUUAAUUUUAGAUCUGCUAUUAGCGUUCUCAAAUAAUCUACAAAUUAAAAGAAGAAAAGUAUGUAAGGUUCUCAAAUCAAUUCAUAAUCUCCAUAGAAAUAAUAAUCAAAAUCUCAAACCCCUAUAUAAGAUUAAAAAACUUAAUCUACUUCAUUAUGGUAGAAGGCAGCAAAUGCUGUUAAAAAGCAGACUAAAGAUAAUUCAAAAAUGACAGAUUCUUAAAAAUUAGCCCACUCUAAUUUACUUGAUAAAAAUACUAACAAUGAAUAAUUUAAUUAAACUAUAUAAAUAAGGAAGUUGGGUUCAAUUUAAGAAAUCUAAUUUGAACAUUUUUCAUCAGCUACAUUAUCAUAAAGAGCUGAGUAAAACUUUAAAUUUGUAGAAGCUGCUACAUAAACAGAAGAAUAAACCAAUAAUUAAGCAGCAGCAUCUUCUCGAGGUAGAAUUUCAUCAAUUCGAAAAAAUAGAUAAUAAUUUGUCUAAUAAUUUUAAUAUAAUCAUGUUGAAACAUAAUAUGAAGCUGAAUUAAAUGAUAACGAUUAUUACAACUUUAAAUUAGAAUUACUAGUUUCUUAAUUAUAAAAUAAAAUUCAAAGUAUUUAAGCUAUGUGUGAUUUAAAGUUAGAAUAGAAAAAUUAAGACAUAGAAGAUUUAAAUAAUCAAUUAUAAUCUUAAAAAAGUAUCUUUGAAGGGCAAUAUAAAUAAUUAGAAAUUGAAAUGAAUCUUUUACAUAAUGAAGAAUUGGAAUCAAAGAUUUUAACUAUUUAAAAUUUAAAAGAAACUAUUGAUUAAAAUAUCGAAAAAAUAAAAGGCUUAGAAGAAGCCAUUAAGCUUUUUGAAAUAAAUUAAGAAAAUGUUCAUUAAAAAUAUGAGGAUAUUCUGAAUAAAAAAGAUUAAGAUAUUAAGGAUAUUGAAAACAAAAUAUAAGAGAAUAAACUUAUGGCAGAAUAAGAAUAAUCUAGAUUAUUAUAAAUUAAUUAAAGUUAAAGAGAAGAAUUUUAAUUAGAAUUGCAAAAUCUUAAAAAUUAGCACACUUUAGAUGAAUAAAGGCUUUUAUAAGAAAAACUAAAAUAUUAGGAAGAGAAAGCUACUAUUGAUAAGACAAAGUAAGACAAUUAAUAAAUGCUUGAAUAAAUUUAAAAGAAGGAAUUUAUUUUAGAAAAUUAUAAAUCUGAACUAAUUAAAACAAAUGAGGUAGUGAAGUAUCUUCAAUUAGAACUAGAGAAUUAUAAAAAAUUGAAUAAUAUCUUUAAAUCUAAAGAUGAGGGUCCUUCUUAAUUGAUUACGCAUGGUUUUUUAUCUUAAGAAACAUAAGAAAGAAUUAAAUAAAGAUUAUAAAAGUCAAAAAUAUCAAAAGAUAAUCCUAAAUUUGGAUUUUAACCAAGAGAUGCUUAUAGUAUGAACUUUUAAAUUUAAAGAAAAGAAAGAAUGAAACAUGCUAAACUUGGAACUUUAAAUACAAGUUUUGAUGAUAAAAGCAUUUAUUCGUAAGUCAUAAAAUAUAAUUAGAACUUAAAAAAAUGUUUUCAGAUUUAAAAUGACCGAUGAUGAUAGUUAAGGAAUGCUGUAAGUAAAUUCAAGAAGAAUGUAAUCAUAAGAUGAUAAGCCCAACAGUGAAAUAAAGAAAAAAUAAAAAUCAUUUAAGCAAAAUUAAAGAGCAAGUUUAUAAUAUAUUUAUUCUAUUAGAAACAUAAAUUAGUGAUUAUUCAGAAUCAAAGUUGUUAAUUUAGGAUAUUUUUGAAAAAGAGAUAACUGUACUUAAUAGAAGUAAUUAGCUUCUAGGCUAAUUAAAUGAUCAACAAACUAAGUUUAAGAGUGUUCACAGCACUUAUAAUUCUACAAAAAAGAAAUUUAUCUAAAAUCGUUGA